AUGCAUCCAUUAGCCAUUCGACGAGCCUUCUGCAGCCUCCGUGCUGUAAAGCGCCCGAUUUCCGGCAAUCUCGGCCGACGAUACGCACACGCCACUGCUGGAUUUAACUGGGAAGACCCUUUGGCUGCGUCAAAUUUAUUUACGGAGGACGAAUUGGCUAUUCAAGACACCGCAAGGCAAUACUGCCAGGAGCAGCUGGCACCCAGAAUUCUCGAGGCAUACCGGAAUGAGAACUACGACAAGAAGAUAAUCCGGGAGAUGGGUGAGCUAGGACUUCUAGGUGCUACAAUUGAGGGAUACGGAUGUGCGGGUGUCAGUACUGUCGCCUCCGGCCUCAUCACCAAGGAAGUCGAGAGAAUUGACUCGGGGUAUCGAUCCGGCAUGUCCGUGCAAAGCUCUCUGAUCAUGACGGGUAUCUACGAAUUUGGCACCCCAGAGCAGAAAGACAAAUACCUCCCCGAGCUUGCCAAGGGAAAGAAACUUGGCUGCUUCGGAUUGACCGAGCCAAACCACGGAUCCGACCCAGGCUCCAUGGAGACGGUCGCCAAACCCCACCCGACCAAAAAAGGAUACUACUCCAUUUCCGGAUCGAAAACAUGGAUCACGAAUUCCCCCAUCUCCGACUACUUUCUCGUGUGGGCUAAACUCGAAACAACUGGCAAGAUCAAGGGAUUCAUCAUUGAGCGCGACCAAUGCCCGCCAGGCACGUUCGAGACCCCCGCGAUCAAAAACAAGACCGCUCUCCGCGCUUCCAUCACUGGCAUGAUUCAGAUGGACUCCUGUCCCGUCCCGGAAGCGAACAUGUUCCCGGACGUCGAAGGCCUGAGGGGCCCAUUUACGUGUCUGAACAGCGCAAGAUUGGGCAUUGCGUUUGGUACUAUGGGUGCGCUGGAGGACUGCAUUGACCGAGCGCGCUCCUAUGCUCUGGAGCGAAAGCAGUUUAAAGGCAACCCGCUUGCCAAGUACCAGCUUGUGCAGAAGAAGCUUGCCGAUGCCACGACUGAUGCGGCGUAUGGCACCUUGGCUGCGAUCCAGGUCUCUAGACUGAAGGAUGAGGGCAAGGCUGCCCCAGAGAUGAUUUCUAUGAUUAAAAGACAGAAUUGCGAUAAAGCAUUAGCCGGUGCCCGAACUCUCCAAGAGAUUUUUGGCGGCAACGCUGCUAGUGAUGAAUACCAUAUCGGCCGCCAUGUAGCAAACCUAUUCGUUACCCAGACAUAUGAAGGACAAAGUGAUAUUCAUAGUCUGAUUAUAGGGCGUGCAAUCACUGGCGUUCAAGCGUUUGUUUGA